AUGAGGCGUAAACUAGAAUUAUUCCUCCUUCUUGCAUUUGUUAGUACCGGAUACGUGACAUAUUGGAUGACCAUGGAGAGUCAGAAGUUCGACACUCUCUACGAUUUCGGAGAAUAUCUAUGCGGCAGAGGCUACAACGAAACCGAGAAAGGCUGGAAGGUUGUGUCGACUUGGGUAGCUCACAACUUGGAUGAGUUCCUGAUCUGGAGCGGUUACAAAAAACGAGACGUGAUCAAGGAAGUAGAAGAAGGAGUGGAUUUGGACGCGGUCAGAACAACAGUUCUCCCUCCCAUAACUCUUCCAACUCCAACGACGACUACUACGAAUGCGCCAGGCAUGCGGACAUGUGCUCAGUGUACGGGCGGAAACUACCACCUGAGAAGAUGGCUCAUGCAAAACGCAGAACACGGCCAGAGCAUGGGAUGGGUCGAAGAAUGGGCCUUGACUGAUUGUGUGAUCGGAACGAUUCGGUACAAUCCAUGUGCUACAACCUGUAUGAAAGUCACGAUUCAGAAACCAGAAAAUGGAGAAAAGCUGGAUAGUAUUAUGAUGGAUUGCGCGGAUGAUAUGUUUUAUAGCACGCCAGAUAUUCCAGACACAAGACCAUGGUAUAAAAGCCAAAUUGGACCGAUGGUUUUUGAGGAGAACGCUCGCUAUGUGUCUGAGCGGAUUGGUCAUACCAUCAUCUAUGAGUUCAACACCACCUCGUCGGAUAACGCAUCAACGAUUGCCGAUAAUUUGAAGGAACAGUUUGCCUAUGUCAAACAAGAAAAGAAAUUGGGAGAUAACAACAAAGGAUUGUUCAUCGUUGUUACCAUGCUGACCAUUUUCUUGCUGUUUGCCUCCUGCUGUUAUUGCAUCUAUUGUCGCUGUAAGAAAUGGCGUAUGAAAAGGGAAUGGAAGAAGAAUCGAAGAAAUCCCAAGUAUAUGUUCAACGAGAAUACGGAGGAGAUGGUUGAUCUUGCUGUUUACAUGGAACAAGGACUAUUUGAUGUGCCAAAGCCAAGGGACAAAAUUUGGAAAAAGGAAAAAUACAGAAAAACUGUGACGUUCCGCGCUGAUCUUGAGGAGAUUGUUGAAGAUAUUGAAGAUGGUUUUGAGGAUGAUUCUGAACCUGCGGAGAGGUGUGUUCCCGAGAUGCUCUUCCAUAAUUCUCCUCGUGUACACUUUGAUGACGACUGGGAGGAUGAAUUUGAUGAAGACUGCGAGGAAGAACUUGAUGAGGACGACAAGGAAGAAUUUGAUGAGGACGAAGAAGAAUCAAACUCGAUUCUUGAAGAUGUCGUGGAGCGGUCGACGGAGAAUUUGCACGUUCAAGAAUAA